AUGGCUUUCCUUCCUCCUUGGACCGGGGUACUAGUUUAUUUCUUUUGUGUUUCUUUAGCAGGAUCUGACUUCUCAGAUCUGUAUCCCCCGCUGUGGUUGAAGAGUCCUGGUCAGUUCAGUGACUACAGGGUAGAGAAUGGAAAGUACAUUAUCGAUCCCUGGGUAUACUCUGAGAGAAUGGGGAUGUAUAAAAUCCUAGUGAACAAGACAGCCAGUUAUUUUGAAAACUUUGUACCAGACAAUGAACAAAAUAUUUUAUGGGGAUUACCUCUCCAGAAUGGCUGGCAAUUUAGAACAGGAAGAUUAGCUGAUCCCAGACGAAGGAAAGACUGUGGCUAUGAAUCUGGAGAUCUUUUGUGUAUCUCUGUGGACAGUUGGUGGGCUGAUAUGAAUUACUUUCUAUGUGCAUUACCCUUCCUUGCUGCGGUUGAUUCUGGCAUAAUGGGGAUAUCAUCAGAUGAAGUCAUGCUUUUGCCACCACCCAAGGAUCAGACAAAUUUCUGUCUUAAUGUUUCUAGUUGCCAGUCAUCCUUUCCUGAAAUAAUGAGCAAGUGGAAUGCCUUUUACCAGCAUUUACAAUAUCCUUCCAGUAGCUUCGAAGACCUAUUGAAGUACUUGUGGGCUGCACAUGCCUCAACCCUGGAAAAUGCUGGCAAAAUAUUUGAAGAUAGGCUGGAGUAUUAUUCUAAACCAGAAGCAGACUUUGGAAAAAAUUGGUGUGUGGCUGUGGAAUACUUGGCUGCAUCCCUCUUUCCUACAACUUUGAUUAUUACACAUGAAUUCCAGAGAGGCCUGCCACCACGGAUGCUUGUUAACGGGGAUAGAGCCCCUUUCAUCAGCGACUUUACUGACUUUCAAAACACUGUCCUGCUUGUUCUAAGUUUUCUUCCCAGAUUGGAUAACUCUUCAGGUUUAUUGUCAUUGACUGGAUGGAAAUUUUUAAUGAAGACACAGGAAGCAAGAAAGGAAGUUCUAGAGCUUUUUGAAAUAAUUCUUGAAAUCUUUAAUCCAAAAUUUCGGUAUAUUCCUAAUGUUUAAUUAAUGAACUAAAAAUGAACAAUUCUAAUUUGUUGAGAAACAGUAAUUUCAAAAUUUUAAUGUGAUCAUGACCAUACAGUUUUCUUAUUUCUGAUAUUUUUGAUGUGUGCUCCUUUGUUAGGAUUUUAUCUAUGAAUUCUAACUUUAAAUUUAAAUUAAUGCAGGGCACUUGGGUAGCUCAGUCGGUGAAGCGUCCGACUUUGGCUCAGGUCAUGAUCUCACGGUCUGUG